GUGUUGUGCGCUGCCGUGCGAUGAGGGAUAUCGACGGCAGAGAGAGAGUGUUGGUACGCACACAACUUUUCAGAGCGCGCGCGUAAUUCCGUUCUCUUUACAACUUUUUAUUGGAGGGAUUCCUUGUUUUACGGUGUUUUUAUUAAUAAAUUUGGUCGUUUUAUUAAAGAGUUCGCUUGCUGUGGAUUGUGUUUUGCUUCCGCCGCCUCCUGGUUUCGAACACCAUGUUGGAGCACUGCAUUCACAGAGAGAAGUUCCAAUUCGCUUAAUUGAGAAAGAUUUUGUAUGGUUAAGGAUUUUCCAGAUUUUUGCCCGGCGUUUGUUUGAAGAUUUUCAGCGGCGGGUUACCUUUCUCUCAGUCGAAAUGGUUGGAUAUCCUUUGCCCGAGACUCCACCAAAACCAGCAUGGUUGGAGGCGCUGCUGACAGAUAGAUUUUUUGUUGCUUGCCCAAGGCAUCUUGAGAUCAAGAAAAACGAGAACAAUAUAUUUUGUGUCGAUUGCAGCAAAAGUAUCUGUCAACACUGUCUGCCCAACCAUCAGUCACAUCGUCUUCUACAGGUGCGAAGGUAUGUGUACCAUGACGUUAUCAGGCUGCUGGACAUACAGAAGUUACUCGACUGUUCUCAAGUGCAGACCUACAUAAUUAAUAGCGCAAAGGUGGUAUUCUUGAAUCAGCGGCCCCAGUCCAGACCAGCCAAAGGCCUGGCGAACUCUUGCCAAACUUGUGACAGAAGUCUGGCAGAGUCGUACCGAUAUUGCUCUGUCUCCUGCAAGGUAGAUGCUGCAUUGAACAAAGAUAAAAGUUUAUCUCGGUUGAUCAACAAUUGCAGUUCAUUAACCUUCCCUGACAUAUUUACCUAUUCUCCCAGAGAGGGUCCUAAACAGGUAGAAGAAGAAUUAUCACCGACCUCUGUGUUAGAGGAGACAUCAUCAGGAUCCACAGCUAAUGACCUACGUUGGAUGUUACCAUGUCCGUCAAUAGACAUGCCUCUGUUAAAGAAAAUAUGCAGACGUGUUGCUGCACCAGAGUCUGCUCCAACUAGGACAUCAGGUAGCAGGAGAAAGGGCAUUCCUCAUAGGUCCCCCAUAUACUAAUCAAUAGAUUAUUAUCUUAUUUCUCAAUAAUUUAUUUUAUGUAAGUUGGGUUGAGUGCUUGCCAUUUCGAAGUGCCACUAGCCAAGUUUUUCUGGGUCCAUGAUUGCAAUCAAUCGACAGAGUUUUGUGUACUAGAGUGACCAUCUGUAAUUUUAAUAUCCAUCUUUCUUUUCCAAUGCAUUCCUCGCGGACAGACAGUUUUCAUUAAAAUUUGCAUUGGCUCAGACAAAUGAAUUGCAAUUGUUUAUAUGCUUUA